UUUUUUUAUUUCUUUCACUUAUAAUUUGAGAUGAUGACUAAGGAACCAGAAGACGUUAUUCCAGUUCGUAUUCUUGGUGCAAGAGGAUCAGGAAAGACAACAUUUCUCUAUAAGUCCUAUUUCAAGUAUGGUACAGGUCAACCCGAUACCCAUUUUACAGUGAUACCCACACCCACACACAAUGUUGAAAUGAUACCUUAUCAAUCACGUCUAUUUGAAUUAUGGGAUUUUGCAGGUAACCCAUGUCUUGUGUCAAAUCAACAGACUGAUGUGUUUAUAGAAAUAAGUUCGUGUCUAAACCAUUUGAAUGAACAUACAAGAGUACUUGUGUACAUGGUAGAUGCGAUUGAGAAUCAAAAAGAAGCUGUUGCUUUUAAAUCUCGGGAGAAUAUGAUUUGGCUACUAGAGAACUUUGGACAAGCACUUGAACAUACAAUCAUUAUUACUGUUGUCAACAAACAACCUGAUAUCAACCAUCUACAAGAGAUUGGCAAUGCGUGGGCUCAUGACAAACCCUUGAUGGGAUUAUUGAAAGGACAUGAUUGGAGGAUAUUUGGAUGUGAUGCUUUAACAGGGGAUGGACUAGAUGCUAUCUUUCAAUACAUGCAUCAAACAUUGGCUUAUCACAGUAGACAUGGUUUGAUGUCCAAUUCAGUAUCUCAACAGCCCAGUACAAUCACUCCUUGGGAAUCCCUUUUGAAUCCAUACCAUCUAUCAGACCAAGAAUUUAAAUCGGGAUUCUUUAGUAGUCAGAAAGCAUUCUUGUUUUUUGAUCAUGGCUGUCUUGUACGUAUCAUUUUCUUGACACUGUCUGAACACAAAAUGUCGUCUUUAUUUCAACAAUUGCAUCAUGUGAUUACUCAUAUUGACCAAGAGAAUCGAUCGAUUAUGUACUCAGAAACACAAAUCUUAUUUUGGAUUCAAAUGGUGUCUUUUGCCCUGUUAAAAUCACCUUUAUUAGAGGGAGAAGAGAAUGAUUUCGAGUCAUUUUCAAAGCGAUGUCAAUUAGAACAAGAUUGUUGGAAGCAUUAUUAUACCCAGCGAUUAUUUUAUUCAGAAAAAGCAGCUAAAGUAUUCUUGCCACCUGAUAAAAAGCCUUUGCCAAAUGCAUUCAAACCCUCUUCACUUGCUUUAAAGGGAAGUGGACUUAGGAUUGAUUACCAAGUUUUAUAGACCAAUCAAAAAAAAUUAUUUUUUUUUGCAUAAUAAUAGUAAAAAAAAAAAAAUUUUUUUUUCUUUC